AUGUGGCAAAACGCAAACUCGGUUCUAUCGAUAAUUACAAAUACUUAUGAGAAUACAUAGGUAGUUGAUUGUUUGAAUAAGAAACAUCAAGCAUAAAAUUUGAUAGAGGAAGAAACAAGAAAUACUUAUAGUGAAGAUGAAGAUUUCAAUUAAUAAGAUAAAGGUAUAAUUAAUAUUAACAAAAAAAGAAUUUGAUCCUAAUUAAUGGAGUCUAAGAAAUUUUGAAAUGGGUAGAUAUUUAGGAAAUGGUAAAUUUGGUCAUGUUUAUUUAGCGAGGUAAAUGAUAAUUUUAUAUCAUAAUAGGGAGCGUGAAAGUAAAUUUAUUUUAGCUUUGAAAGUAAUAAGCAAAAGAUAAUUAAAUCUCUGUUAAUUAACAGGAUCUCUGACUAGAGAAGUUGAAAUACUGACACAUCUUAAACAUCCUAAUAUUAUUAAUUUUUAUGGUUUUUUUUAAACAGAAAAACGUGUAUAUUUAAUGUUAGAAUGGGCACCUUUGGGUGAUUUGUAUGGUUUAAUGAAAAAGUAAUAGAAUAAGAGAUUCAAUGAAAAAAUGGCAUCAAUUAUAAUAAAAUAAAUAACAUUGGCAAUAGGAUAUAUGCAUUAAAUGAAUGUAAUUCAUAGAGAUUUAAAACCUGAAAAUAUUUUAUGUUUUAACGAUGAUAUAUUUAAGAUAUCAGAUUUUGGUUGGAGUGUUCAUACUCCAUCAAAUAGAAGAAAGACUUUAUGUGGUACUUUGGAUUACUUAUGUCCAGAGAUGAUUAAUUAUCAAACUCAUGAUAAUAGAGUGGAUGUAUGGACAAUAGGAGUAUUGGCAUAUGAAUUAGUAGUAGGUAAUUUAGAAGAUUAAGAAUAGGGAGACCUCCAUUUGAAUCACAUAAUGAGAAUGAUACGAAGAGGAAGAUUUAGUAUUUGUAAUAUACAUUCCCUUCAUGGAGUAGUAAGGAUUUCUAGAAUUUUGUGAAAGGUAUCCUUUAACAUGAUUGUAAUAAGAGACCUACUAUAUAAUAAAUUAUCAGUCAUCCUUGGAUUGCUUAAUGA